GACCCCGACGAGGAGCGGAAGCGGGGCGGCUCUGCUGCUUCGGGUACCGGGCGGCGGCGGCGGCGGCGGCGAAGGCGAAGAUUGUGGCGGUGACGGCGUCAGGAGCAGACGCUGCCCUCGGGGAGCAGCAGCGGGGUCGGCGGCCGCUCGCACCGCUGCGGAAGGCCCGGCUGGGCGCGGAGCGGAGCAGCUGCGCCACGGGUGGCAUUGUGGGUCCCGGAGUGCAGGAGGAGUCUGAAAAGAGAGGCGAGGCUGAGCCCAGAGUGCUGGGUUGCUUCAGCAGGGAAGACUCCCUUCCCCCCUGCUUCAGGCUGCUGAGCACUGAGCAGCGCUCAGAAUGGAAGCCAUCGCCAAAUAUGACUUCAAAGCUACUGCAGACGACGAGCUGAGCUUCAAAAGGGGGGACAUCCUCAAGGUUUUGAAUGAAGAAUGUGAUCAGAACUGGUACAAGGCAGAACUCAAUGGGAAAGAUGGCUUCAUUCCCAAGAAUUACAUAGAAAUGAAACCACAUCCGUGGUUUUUUGGCAAAAUCCCCAGAGCCAAGGCAGAAGAAAUGCUUAGCAAACAGCGGCAUGAUGGGGCCUUUCUUAUCCGAGAGAGUGAGAGUGCUCCUGGGGAUUUCUCCCUCUCUGUCAAGUUUGGAAACGACGUGCAGCACUUCAAGGUGCUCCGAGAUGGAGCUGGGAAGUAUUUCCUUUGGGUGGUGAAGUUCAAUUCUUUGAAUGAGCUGGUAGAUUAUCACAGAUCCACAUCUGUCUCCAGAAACCAGCAGAUAUUUCUCCGGGACAUAGAACAGGUGCCACAGCAGCCGACAUAUGUCCAAGCCCUCUUUGACUUUGAUCCCCAGGAGGAUGGAGAGCUGGGAUUCCGUCGGGGAGACUUUAUCCACGUCAUGGAUAACUCAGACCCCAACUGGUGGAAAGGGGCUUGCCACGGGCAGACCGGCAUGUUUCCCCGCAAUUAUGUCACCCCUGUGAACCGGAACGUCUAAGAAUCAAGAAGAGAUUAUUUAAAGAAAGUGAAAAAAUUUAAAACGUACAAAAGAAUUAAACCCACGAGCUGCCCCUAACAGCAGUCUGCGAGGGAGCUCAGACCACCUGGCUGGGUCACCUGUGACCCUCUCACUUUGGUUGGCACUUUGGGGGGUGGGAGGGGGAGUUGGAUAUAACAAUGCCAAAUCUUACCUAUAAAUUAAGAAGAGAGUUUUUAUUGCAAAUUUUCACUGCUGCUCCUAUUUCUCCUCCUUUGUCCUUUUUUUCAUCCUUUUCCUCUUCUGUUCAUCAGUGCAUGACGUUUAAUGCCACGUAUAGUCCUAGCUGAUGCCAAUAAUAAAAGAAAAGAAACCAAGUGGGCUGGUAUUUUCUCUAUGCAAAUGUCUGUUUCAGUCGGGAUGACUGAAAGAAGAACAGCCGUCUCUGUAUUCUUCCUACAUACACACAGAAAGGAGCGGGCGGGCGCGCCAAGCCCUUGCUGUGGAGCUUCUGCCAGAGGAGGGGAGGGCGAGUAGGAUCUGCCUUCCAGCUGCGACCCCUGACCCCCCGUAGGUUUUGCUGAAGUGGAAGUAGGUGGGGUGGAAGGAAGGAGCGGUGCCCCCUGCGGCUUCCUGAGAAAGUCAGACUGAGAACUACAGCUCUUUUCCACAUUGUUUUCUCUCCAAAUUGUAUUACCGAGCAUGUUGUUUUUUCAUAGUGCCUUUUUCCUUAUUUUCAAGGGUUGCUUCUGAGUGGUGUUUUUUGUUUUGUUUUAAAAUAAGUUAAAGACAGUCCAGAGCUUUUUGGCCAGUUUGUCUCCUGCUCUGUGUAAAUAUUUUUCCCUGGGGGAAGGGAAAAGAGUAGAGAAGAGACAAGUAGAAGUGGAGGGUGUGGGCGUUCUGCCUCUUCCAAGCCAGAAGUCUUUAAGGUUCAGCUUUAAUAUUCAUGAGCCUUCCAGAGUUGAAGGGAGCCAGAAGCCUGGGUGUCUGGAGUGGCUGCACCGGGUGCAGUGUGACCAGCCCCAGGAGGGAGGAGCCGUUACAGCUCUUCCCACCUCAGAUUGGGUCUGGCUGAAAGGGAGUCAGAGUCCUUGACUAACCUUGCAGUCUCAGGUGUUGUCUGCCUCCUUAACCCCAGGGACCCCCAGAUGCAAAUCCCUAGAGCCAGCAAGUUUCAAACAUGGGAAAGCCCAAGCUUUCUGCCGCUCCUUAACUGUAUCAGGUUAUACCGGAUUCCUGCACUGGGGCGGCAAGUGAGAGUUUUCACUUCAUUUUUCUUGCUCUCAAAGGUAGGGGUGUCUCUUCAUGGCUUUCACCUUCUGUGUCCCUACCCAGCCUGCCCAGGUGGGCCUUAGGGCAGCGUUCAAGGAGCGGCUGGGGGGUUUCCAUGUCUCCAUUCACAGCGGGCUGUGUUUAUAGUGGCUCCACCCUAACCCCUGAAAAGGACAUGUCUCCGAGAAGCAGGGACAGUUGGGAAGGAAAGACUGGAAAUGGAGGAAGGCUGAGUCCAUCGCGGAGCUCCCUCUCUGCGUCUCCUGUCAGCUGCUUGUCCCUCCUAGUGAUGUGCCUCUGAACUCCCUCUCUCCACCCAGUCCCCUUCCCACAACGAAAAUGGGGCUGCCCGGAGCUGGUGACUGCCUUUGGGUUCUGAAGCGGUCCGUUGAGUCUCCCCUGGCCUCUGGUUAUGGAGACAGACGGCCUGGAGCGCUCGGAGGCCCAGGAGGCGGCUCCUCUUCUGGAUGGAGCAUUCCGCUCUCCUCGCUCCCUCUCUGACAGCUUCUCCCUUCCUGACAGCUUCUCCCUUCCUCGCUGAGGAUAAGAGGAAUCUGGCAUUCUACACCUGGACCAUUUGAUUGUUUUAUUUUGGAAUUGGUGUAUAUCAUGAAGCCUUGCUGAACUAAGUUUUGUGUGUAUAUAUUUAAAAAAUCAGUGUUUAAAUAAAAAGACCUAUGUACUUAAUCCUUUAACUCUGCGGAUAGCAUUUGGUAGGUAGUGAUUAACUGUGAAUAAUAAACAUACAGUGAAUUCUUCA